CCAAAGUAAUCUGCACUAAGCAUUUGCGAAAUUCUGAUUGAGUGGAGAGCUUAUCAUGGUGCAUGGGUCAGGUAUACAGCCUGAUGUGCAUGUUUGUACACAUAGAGGAAUCAGAAGAUUAGGAGAUUAAUGAAAGGGUAGUAUUUGUUGGUAAACAGAUAAGACAUGUGGAGUUGGCUGUAGAUGGCGCCACGCAGGCACUGUAGUGAACAGGAGUGCACUGGCUCCAUCCAGCACUGUGUACAGAUAUAUAUAUAUAUGUGUGUGUGUUAGGGUGUGUGUCAGUCAGUUAGUCAGUCAGUGUGUUACAGGACUGUAGUGGGCAGAGCUAAUGGUGGGACACGUUGUGCUGUUUAUUAGGAACUACUCAGACAGGAAAGCUGAAUUUUCCCCUCAAAAUACCCCAAAUAAUACAUUGUGCACUUUCCUUUGCACAAACUCUGGAAAUAACUGGACAGAAAAGAAGACUACUUCGGUGAUUGUUAUGCCUUCCGGACCGGAGCUUUGUUGAUUAUUAACGAAAGCUCUUAAAGAUCACCAUGGCUGAAGAGGAGCUCAUGUUUAGAAUGGAGGAGGUGGACAGUCUGAAAAGACCUCCUGUCAGCAGGACUGUGAGCUCUGGACCUGACAGCUCAGUUGAUGAUGAGGAAGAUGACUUCUACAUCUGCCCCAUCACUGAUGACCCCAUCAGCCCCACAAAAGGCAUCUGUGAUUACCUCAAGGACCUUGUCAACCAUAAACAACUCUCUAAUUCAUUGCCCAAGAACUCUUUCAGUUACAAGAACAAAAACGAAACAGACCCAGAGGUGCAUUCUGUCAGGUUUGGUUCUUUAACUGAGAAAGGUCGGGCUGCUUGGAAACAUGCUAUUGAGAAAGCAAGGGCUAUGCCAGAUCCCUGGGCUGAGUUUCAUCUGGAAGAUGUUGAGACGGAGCCCUGCAUUCGUUACAGGUACAGUGCCAUUACGGGUGAAUGGGUGCAGGACCAAGUCUUCAUCAAGAUGUCCGCUCAGCCCUUUGGAAAAGGUGCUAUGAGAGAGUGUUUCCGAACAAAAAAGUUGUCAAACUUCUCCCAUAGCAACAACUGGAAAUCAGCAUCGAACUACGUGGCUAAGCGGUACAUGGAGACCGUGGACAGAGAUGUUUAUUUUGAGGAUGUCAGAUUACAAAUGGAAGCUAAAUUAUGGGGUGAGGAGUAUAAUCGCCACAGGCCUCCAAAGCAGGUUGACAUUAUGCAGAUGUGUGUUGUGGAAAUGACCUCGCGCCCAGGGAAACCGCUUUUCCACCUGGAGCACUACAUCGAGGGGCAUUACAUCAAGUACAACUCGAACUCUGGCUUUGUGAGGGACGAUAACAUACGUCUCACACCUCAGGCUUUCAGUCACUUUACAUUUGAACGAUCGGGACACCAGCUGAUAGUUGUGGACAUUCAGGGUGUUGGAGACCUCUACACAGACCCUCAGAUCCACACAGAGAAGGGCACUGACUUUGGUGAUGGAAAUUUGGGUGUACGUGGUAUGGCCUUGUUCUUCCACUCUCACCUGUGUAACAAGAUCUGUAAGAGUAUGGGCCUCACACCUUUUGACCUGGCUCCUGCAGAAAGCGCUCAGCUGGACUGGACCAACAAGUUGCUGAAGUCAGCGCAGACCGUACUCCGUGGCUCUGAGGAGCAAUGUGGCUCUCCCAGGGUUCGGACUACGUCACUCAGCCGUGGACCCCCUCUCCUGUCUCGUCUUUCGGAGACUUCUUCUGCUGAUGAGAACAUGAGCGACACAGACUCCAUUCCCUGUUCACCCCUGAGCCUGGGUGCCUUCGCAGGACGCUCCCCCUUGGGCUGGUCAGGCAUGCAUGAAACAGAUGACGCAGACAGAAACAACUGGAAUCGAAAGGACUCAGAGAGUGGAGGAGACAGCGGUUACCCAAGUGAAAAACGUAGUGAAGGAGACAUAGGAGAACACCAUGAGAGGGCUCGACCUUUCUACAGCAGACAUUACUCUGAAUCGGAUGAAGACAGUGUCCGUCGGCAUAAAGUGGUGGGUAAUGCCAGCAAGCUCUCCAUUACUGUAAACCUCCCUGAAUCUCAGACGGUGACAGAGGAAAAAUGGAGUUUCUUCCAUUCGUCCCGUGCCCACAUUCACAGGCCGUCCUGUGUGGCAGUAGAGGUGGAGAGACUGAAUUCACAGUUUCUUGAAAGGAAAAUCGGCAAAUCUAUUCUGGGCAAGGUACAUCUAGCCAUGGUUCGAUACCAUGAAGGAGGUCGGUUCUGUGAAAAAGAUGCACCGUGGGACCAGGAUUCUGCCGUGUAUCAUCUGGAGAGGGCUGCUAUGUGUGGCGAGUUGGAGGCUAUUGUAGCUCUUGGUCAGUUGUAUCUGCAGCUGCCGCAUCACGUUCUACCUGAGAUUGAACAGGAGGACAACGAAGAGAACAGAAAGAAAGGCUUCCACCUGUUACUUCAGGCUGCUGAGGCUGGAGACAGACCCAGUAUGAUUUUAGUUGCCAGAGCGUUUGAUACAGGAGUCAACCUCCCACCUAACAGGACUCAGGACUGGGAGGAAGCGGUGCAUUGGUAUGAGAGUGCGCUAAACAUGACUGAUUAUGAUGAGGGAGGAGAGUUUGAUGGCAUGCAGGAUGAACCACGCUACCUCCUUCUAGCUCGGGUAGCUGAGAUGUACCAAGAGGGACGUUUUGGCCUUGCUGCAGAUCCUCAGAGAGCAGGCGAUCUCUUCACUGAGGCAGCUGAUGCCGCCAUGGAGGCGAUGAAGGGCAGACUGGCUAAUCAGUACUACAUGAAAGCUGAGGAAGCUUGGUCUGCAAUGGAAGAGUAAAGGAACUGAUUUUUAACUCCCAUGCCUGUUAGCCUUGUGCAUUUCUGCGUGAAAUACGUUUACGUGCUCUUUUACAGCAUCUGGUUUUAUAUGGGGUGUCCUAAAGCAUGCACACACACAUGCCUUUGUGAAUAUUUGGGUUCUCUUAUAAGCUGGUCAGUAGUUCAUACCACUGCGAACAGAAAUGAAGGAAAGUGAAAUAAAUCUGAAUUUAAAGGUGUUAAGACUACAGGUAAGCGUCAUGACUCUUAGCAACGGCAGUGACAGCAUCACUUCAUGCUCUAAAAAUAUCAUACCUUGUGUAUGGUGAUGAUAAUAACAAUGAGAAGAUGAUGAAUCAGCAUUAUCUAUUUGUAUGUAUCAGUUCUUUCAGGUUCAUAUUGAUGAUUUGCAUGUUAAUGUUUGUGUGUUGGGGGGCCAGGUACAAUAUUGUGGUAUUUCACAAUUCUUUGCUAGGCACAAAUUGUCUAGACUGUACAAUCCCUUUAUUUAUGUUAUUCAGAACACACACAUUGGCCUAAUUUGACUGUGAUUAAUUUAUAUUGUCAAACUCUGAGAAAUAUCAGACAAAAGCAAAACGCCCCUUUGGAAAGCACUAGUGACAACAGAUGGAGAUAAAGUGAGUGAUGUAACUGUCUUUGCUAUAUUGCUGUCUUGUGGUCUACCUUUUUUGGAUGUAAUAUCUUAGUUGAUUAAGCUGGUUUUGAUUCAUUUUGCUUGUUUUUAACCUACCUUUAUGCUGAAGACAAAUAUGUGAAUUUUGUUUACAAGAACAAAAACUUGUAGAAUAAAAAUACAAGUGCGAACAAGUUGGAUACAAA